AUGUCUAGCAAGAGGAUCGCGUUCAAGGUCCACGGUAGCGUGCAAGGAGUCGGCUUCCGCGACUUCACCCAAAAGUGCGCAACAAGCCAUGGGCUGCGAGGCUGGGUUCGAAACACCACCUGCGGAAAAGUUGAGGGUGAAGUCCAGGGCGAUGGAGAAACCGUGCAGAAGCUACUACAACAGAUUGAUAAGGGACCACGUAUGGCCCACGUUGUGAAACUGGAGAAGCGAGAGAUGGAGUUGGUAGAUGGCGAGGACCGGUUUCUUGUGAUGCGGACGGCGGACUCGAUGUUUCACCAGGGGGCUUGA